AUGGCUCAAUUUAGCUUUUUGGCAUUGAUGAGCGUCCUUCUCGCCACCGCCACUGUCUUGGCAGCCCCAGCCGACGACAACAUGGGCAGUGGCAGUGGCAUGGCGGCGUUGUGCGAUUCUGGCUGCCAAACUUGUACCGAGACCGGCUAUUGCCAGGCUUGCAUGUACCCUCUGCAUUUGCUGGACGGCGGCUGCACCUUGGCGUGCCCCGUGGGGCUGAAGUCGCAGCGUAUCCAACUUGCAGGAAGUCUCUACUUGCUCUGCGUGCCCGAGGAGGACGAUGUGGACUCGGGUUCUGGAUCAGGAGAUGGCGAACUCGAAGGCUCGGGCAGCGGCGAUGCGGGCCUGGAGGAUGACGAUGCCACCGGUAGCUGUGAUUGCAUUAACGACGAGCUGGACCCUGUCUGCUGGGUGGAGAAUCAGAUCACCUUGCCCUCGCCAUGCCAUGCACGCUGCUUGCAAAUUGUCUGGACACCCGGAGCGUGCGUGCUUGAGAACAACGAUGAUGACGAACAGCAAGCCGCCGCCGCCGCCCUCGUGACUGAUCAGGAAGGAGCCCCAGCCGCCUCGGGCUGGGACCGCGAGGCCACCAUCACCGUAGCAGCCCUCUCCGGUGGUAUGUAG